ACGUGACCCAUGCGAUACCGGCUGUGUGUCAAUAUGGCUCCGGCUGAGCGGAGUGAGGGCAGCGAGGAAGGGAGACGAAACAGCUCCGCCGUGUCCUCGCCUGCGCAGGGCGCAUCUGUUACAGGGAGCGAUCUCGAAGACAACAGGAAGGGUGACCACCGCGAUGAGAAGCGGGACCUCCGCAGCGUCUUAGUCACAAGUGUUUUGAACCUGGAGAAACUCGAUUCAGACCUGUACAGGGGGGAACACCAUUGGGUGCCCCGGACCCAGCGGCUUUUUGGGGGUCAGAUUAUUGGACAGGCGCUGGUAGCAGCGGCCAAGUCGGUUAACGAGAACGUCUUUGCCCAUUCCCUCCACUGCUACUUCGUAAGAGCAGGAGACCCGAAGCUGCCAGUGCUGUAUCAGGUGGACAGGACGCGGGACGGGCGGAGCUUCUCUGUGCGGUCUGUGAAGGCCAUCCAGCAUGGAAAGCCCAUUCUCAUCUUUCAGGCCUCGUUCCAGAUGUUCCAGCCAAGUCCUGUGCAGCAUCAGUUCACUAUGCCUGCUGUACCUCCGCCAGAAGAACUGCUGACUGCCGAGGAGCUCGCUCAGAAAUACCUGAGUGAUCCAAAUCUGGCAGAAAGGUCCAAGCAGGGCCUUAAUAACUUUCUGGCUGAGGAAGUGCCGAUUGAGAUCAAGCCAGUGAACCCUCCUGAUGUCUUUCACCGAGUUGCAAUGGAGCCAAAAAACCUCUUCUGGGUUCGAGCACGAGGAUAUAUUGGCGAGGAUGACAUGAAGCUGCACUGCUGCGUGGCAGCCUAUGUGUCAGAUUACUCCUUCCUGGGCACAGCGCUGCUGCCCUACCCAAACCAGAGGGUCCGCUUCUCCGCCUCCCUGGACCACGCCAUGUGGUUUCACAACCCCUUCCGCGCCGACCAGUGGAUGCUGUACGAGUGCGAGAGCCCCUGGGCAGGUGGGAGCAGGGGGCUGGUGCACGGCCGGCUGUGGAGGCGAGAUGGGGUCCUGGCAGCUUCCUGUGCGCAGGAGGGCGUAUUCCGAGUCAAAGCGGUGGGCACUCACAGUAAGCUGUAGGAGCCGCACUGUGGAAGGAAGCAUUCCUGAGCUUUUGAAGGCAGCAGGCUUAACCGGAAGCACCGCGGAGAUGGAAGGCAGAAUGAACUCUGAGAUCGCUGCGUGAGUCUGACCACCGCCGGAGGCAAUUUGCGGCGAUCAACUUUUAAGCAGAGAGGAAAUGGCUUGGCUGUGCACAUGACAUUUUAGAUACCUAAAAGAUACAGUUAUUCAAGAGGCAUGGAAACGAUGGAAAAUUGGGUAAUUGUACCUACCUAAUUGUACAGAAUCACUGCAGCAACUCAUCAGCAAAAAACUUCUCAGAUUAUACUGCCACCUCUUGGACGCUUGAAUAAGUACAUUCCUUACGCAACGUUUUAAAACAAACGUUCUAAAUUUGAAAUCUAACUUUCGAGUUGAAAAUGACAUUUGCAUCGCUAAUCCUGAAAUAUCAUCCUUGCUUGUCGUCUUUUUUUUUUAAAGCUAUAAUAGCCCUCCUCUUAGGCAAAAGCAAAACUCUGGGGAGGAAAAGUAACUUAAAACUAUAAUUUAUAAAGUAAUGGGCUUAAGUCACUUAGUAAGGUACUUAGCCAUUAUGGGCGGCCUAUACUGUAUGCACUCUGGCAUAGAACUUACCAAUGUCUGGUAAUCUGCAGGAGUGAUGUGGUAUCAUUCUCCCACAGACGUGUUAUAUAUAUAUAUUUAUAAACAUUAAUUUAGAGAAAGUUCUCAAGGGACAUGCAGUACAUGAAAAUUAAAAAUAAGAAAUCAUAGUUUACAAAAUUGAAGAGCAUAGUGGAGAAUGCUUAAUAGUCUGAAGUUAGAUGUGUUAAACCUGUUUAUUCUGCUCAUGGGCAAUGAAGUCUAACUAAUACUCCUACUGUGCGAGUUCUUUCCUAAAACACAAACUACCAAUGUUGUGAGAACCAUGGCAUACAGGUCUUAAAAGAUGCUGAUGGGGCUUUCUUCCUUUUUUAGUGCAAGGACAGUUUCUUUACACAUCUUACAAAAAAGUGUUGUUUGAUCAAACUGUUCAAAUGUAAUGGAUGUAUAUUUUUUACUAUCCAACACAGGCCUGCAAUAUGAAUCAUAGGGUUAUAGAUGCUACAUUUAUGAAUCUUAGAAUGUUGAAAAUGUAGUUCUUCACUGGAAUAUUUUUACUUAAAUUCCAUGCAAUAUUAUAAUGCUAGGAUCAUUAUUCUAUAAUACUCAUAAACCUCCAGAGGUUUGGGAUGGGCACUCAUUAAUCUAACCAUUAAACGCUUCUUAGGCAUUCCUCUAAUAGAAUUAGAACAAUUAGUCAUUAAAAUAUUUUAAAAGCUCAAGCUAUGGGGAGAAAAAAAAGGAUGUACCAGCUGCAACACAAUGUAAUUUUUGCAUUCCUGCUCUUUUCAAGAAACAUCACACUCUAGUUAAUAAUGCAUUUUUCUGUCCGAUUGCUGGCAUGAUAAGAGGGGUAAAUACAGUAUCAUAGUUUAAAAGCCAGAGUCCACAGUGCUUACACUACAUACCAGAAUUGCACAGCAUAGAUUGUUGCCGUUUACACUAAAUAUGAAACGGCUGUAUACACACAAAAAAGUGGAAUGUCUUUGAUAAAAUUUUAGAAAAGAUCAAUUGUGAAAGUUAAGAACUUAAAAGCAGUUGCCAUUUACACAUUCUGUGGAUGCUGCAUUAAAUGUUUCUACACAUGAGCAGAUUUCACCUGUUCCACAUCAAUCCGUUAAAAAGACUAGACUAACCACUUCAGGAUGUUUUAACAGUCAGUCAUAACAUACAAAAAGUUUUAACACAAGUGACACAGUAUCCUUACAAACCUUAUUUUUACACUGCAUUUGUAUGUCCAUAAAUUUAUAUAGUAUAUAAUAAACGCUCUUUAUCUGUAUAUGGAUAUAUAUUAUUUGUCAAAUGUUGUUUGUAUUUUUAUUUACCUUAAGUACUUUUGUUCAGGGAUUGAUGACAGAAAUGAUCAAGAUGUGAAUAUCAUUCUAAUAAUAAAACUCCUCUUUGAACUGACA